CGCGCCGCGGCCCCGCGGGAAGAUGGUUAUCCGCGUCUUCGUCGCCUCCUCCUCGGGCUCCGUGGCGAUAAAGAAGAGGCAACAAGACGUGGUGAGGUUUCUGGAAGCCAAUCGUAUYGAGUUUGAAGAGGUGGAUAUCACAAUGUCAGAGGAGAAGAGGCAGUGGAUGUAUAAGAACAUUCCCGAGGACAGGCAGCCCGCGCAGGGCAACCCGCUGCCGCCACAGAUAUUUAGUGAUGAUCGGUACUGCGGAGAUUACGAUGGCUUUUUCGAAUCAAAGGAAAGCAACACUGUCUUCUCCUUUCUUGGACUGAAACCUAGCUUGGCAUCAAAGGAGUCAGAACCUUAGGAAACCUACCUGAAGCUUCAACAAGCCCAUCUUCUGAAUGAAUGACCCUGCUCUUCAGCACGCGAUGGCUUCCCUAAUGGAUCACUGUGAUAGAGCCACACGCCUCAUUGUGCAUUCUGCUCGCCACUGGGAUGGUGCUCGCCAACAGUAUGGGGUUAAUAGCUUGCCUGUGAAAUGGGGUUAAGACUGAGCUGCUCAUCUUCCUUUUCAAAAAUACUCAUUGCUGAUGUUUCACAURUGUCUUUAGAUAGCUUUUAUAACUGGCACUCAUCUUCUUUCUGACACGUGUUAGAGGGUGAAUAGUGGUCGUGUAGGACCUCUAUCGUUAAUGGAUUCCUUACCUUUUAAAAUUCUUGUAACUUGGAAUAACUGCACUUGGAAUUAGCUCACCUGAUAGUUAAAAGAGCUGGUGCUUGUUAGAAAGUUUGUGUUAUUUGCAAUCCGGUAGGUAAAAGCAGUCAAUCUUACCAUCUCAGUUCAACUUAAAAACUGCCAUAUUUCUGCUCUACCUUACUUUAUUGUGAUGUUUAUACUAAUGUAUGGUUAUUUUAGGAGACGUGAGCUGCUAACCUUAAUCAUGAAAACUUGAUUUGCCUCAUGAAGAACAUUGCAACUGGCUGUUUAAAAAGAAUUGUUACCAGGCAGGGAGUACCAAGAUGAAAUAUUUUGACAUGGGUCCUUUUUCAAAUACAGGUAAAAUAUGCAUGGAUAGAAAAUACUGAUGGAAARCAAGGUCUCACAGCUAAUGACUAUAUUAAGAAUAAUAUAAUAAUUCUGUUAAGUGAGAAAGACUUAGCCAAAACCUUGAGUUUCCCUACAAUAACAUACUGCUCCACCAUUAUCCACCUAAGAUAUCCAGGAUGAUACUUUGAUAGUGAAGGCUCAAUCCUGGAGAAGGUUAAAAACUCUGCUGAGCACAUCUAGCUUGCUCAGCUGUUGUUCCAAUGAGCCUCCCUAGAUAUGAGAAGGGAUGCCUCAAAGACAGGGAGAAAGCUGGAUGUCUGCUACGCUGGAUGAGGCUACAGCAGUYAGCCCUGCUGUGGAGCAAGAGCU